UAGUGACACGUUUUACGUUUAUGCCGUUUAAAUAAUUGGUGGUAGUUAGGGUAGAAUGUCCAGCUCCAUGAUAAGGUUCCUUCUCCUCCUCCCCCUCCUCUCAGCCAGCGGGUUCUAUCUCCCUGGACUAGCUCCAACUAAUUUCUGUCCUGAAGAUGCCCUAAAGGAGGAGCCCCCUCCAUCCUGUCAGGCUCAGGUCUUUGUUCAUGUCAAUAGAUUAUACUCUGUUGAGAAUAUAGUACCUUACGAACAUAACAGUUUUGAUUUCUGUGAUGUUCCUACAGAAUGGGCUGAUAAAGAUCCUCCAGAGAACCUUGGACAGGUCGUGUUUGGUGAGAGACUGAGAGCGUCUCCUUACAAGAUAAUGUACAGGAGGAACGUGACCAAUCAGAACCUUUGCAAGAAGACCUACUCCCUCAAGACUAAGAAGGACCGUAAGAUUGUUCAUUUUUUGCGUGAGAGGAUCAUAGAGGGCUACAUGCACUCGUGGGUCAUUGAUAAUAUGCCAGUGACCUGGUGCUACCACAUGGCCACUACUGAUAAGCAGUACUGUACCACAAGAUUCCCUGUCGGCUGUCACGUCAGUAAAGACGGGACCAGACAAGACGCAUGUUACAUAUCACCUCAGCUCAAAGCCCCCGGCAGUACCUAUAUAUUCAAUCAUGUACAGUUCCUUAUAUGGUAUCAUUCCGGCACUAAUAAUGAUGGUCAUAUUGUGAAGACGUCAGUAGCUCUGGCCUCCUGUGAGUCCCCUCCUUGUACUGCUGCCUCUAAACCAGUCAAACUGAAGAAGAAAGGAGACAUCAAUAUACAAUACUCAUACUCUGUGGUCUUCAUGCAAAACAAUGCUAUCCGGUGGGCCUCAAGGUGGGACUAUGUUCUUGAUAAUGUGACCACUAGCAGUGUCCAAUGGUUCUCUCUCAUCAACUCAGUACUAAUCACUAUAUUCCUCUCAGCAAUGGUUGGGAUGAUACUCAUCAGGUCAUUGUACAGGGACCUGGCCAGAUAUAAUAAAUCCGAUAAUAUGGAGGACAUGCAGGAGGAUUUUGGUUGGAAGUUGGUUCAUGGAGACGUGUUCCGUCCUCCCACUCAUCCAAUGAUCCUGUCAGUGUUCCUGGGGGUGGGGUCUCAGUUCAUGUGUAUGGCCAUCAUUACACUAGUGUUUGCUUGUCUUGGGUUUCUAUCACCUCCUAAUCGAGGAGCAUUCAUGACAGCUGUACUGAUAUUGUUUGUAUUCUUUGGAGCUGUUGCUGGCUAUGUAUCAGCACGACUAUACAAAUUCAUGGGUGGGUUGCGAUGGAAGACCAAUGUCCUGAUGAGUGCCCUCCUUGUCCCUGGUGUCGUCUUUGCUAUAUUCUUUGUGUUGAACCUCUUCCUUUGGGGAGCUAAGUCCAGUGCUGCUAUUCCUUUCACUACACUACUGGCACUCCUCUGCCUCUGGUUUGGUAUAUCACUACCACUCACAUUCAUUGGGUCAUUCCUCGGGUUUAGGAGAGUUCCUGCUAGUCCUCCAGUGAAGACCAAUCAGAUCCCUAGAGAGAUCCCAAUCCAGAACUGGCUGUCCCACCCUCUCCCCAGCUCACUGAUGGGAGGGAUACUACCCUUUGGCUGUAUAUUCAUCCAGUUAUUCUACAUCAUCAACAGCCUCUGGACUGGUCAGAUGUAUUACAUGUUUGGUUUUGUCUCUCUGGCUUACCUCAUACUCCUAGUGGUCUGUGCUGAGACCAGUAUCUUAUUGUGUUACUUUCACCUUUGUACUGAGGACUAUCGCUGGUGGUGGAGGUCUUUCUUUUCUACUGGGACUACUUCUUUUUAUUUCCUAUUGUUCAGUGUCCAUUAUUUCUUCAAGGCUCAGAUCACAGGAUCAUUGAGUAUGCUUCUCUUCUUUGGCUACACUUCAAUCAUCGUCUUUUUGUUCUUCAUAUUUACUGGUACGAUUGGUUUCACUGCUUGUUUCUGGUUUGUAUGGAAGAUAUACACAAUAGUGAAGAUUGAUUGAUUGAACCAGCUCAUGUUACUAUACAUUAAUGAUUGCUGUACUCACAUACACUAACUAUAGGUCGUUGGGUUUUGAAUAAAAAAUUAAUAAUUAUUAUUAUUACUGUGAAAGUCUCCUGCUUGAGUAUGUUUUAUUAUAAAAAA